AAUUCACAACUUCAUAUACAAAACGAGACAAAAAAACCCAGUCUAAAUGUAAACUUGAAGGUAAAAUACAGCCUCUGCAGUGUUUGCUAUGAUAUCUCGAGUGAAUAUGAUGAUGUGAUAAUUCACAGGUUAUAAUUGGAGCUCACGCAGUGAUGGCUAAUGGUGGGGUUAUAGGACCUGGUGGAGUCAACAUGGCUGCCCUGAAAGCAAAAAAAGCAUGCAGUCCCAUUUGUGGUUCUAGCUGGUAGUCAUAAGCUAUGUCCACUCUAUCCUCACAAUCCGGAGGGGAGGACACAACACACAUUACAUGUAUCGUCUUAUUGCCCACUAAUAGGCUGCUGAUGGUUUGCUGGUGUAGCAAUAAAGGACUAGUUUUUGGGUCUCUUGGCCACACAACACUCACUCGGUCGGCCAUUCAUAGUUGGAGGAUAUAUGUACUUACGUUGACUUGUCGUCCCAUGGAUUGAGAUAAAAGGGUUUGAUUGGAUCGCACCCUAAUUUGCGGUUUUUGAUACUAUUAGGGAUUGUCCCUCGGAGAUUAAACACUUGUGGCAAAGAGUCUUUGUGAUCGAGAAUAAGUGUGUGUAUCAAAUCGGAAAGAGGAAGCUACCUUUUUAAGGUUAGCUACAAAUCUCGCCGAGUUAGUUGCUAAUUUUAUAGUGCAUUUAAGGAUCUGUCAAAAGAUAAAGGAGGAUUUGAAGUGGCCUUUUGGUUUGCUGGUGAGCCAAGUUUUGGAGCUUCUUAAAGUGAUUUUUUUUUAUUGGAUAUGAUGAGCUAAAAGGGGGAAGUCGAGAGAGUAUAUACCACUUUUACGGGGGCUUGAGGGAGGGAGGGGGGUAAAAGUGCCAUGUCUCGUUGCUUCCCGUUUCCACCUCCAGGAUAUGAGAAGAAGAUUAGCACCGAUGAAGCAAACCCUUUGAUAAAGGAAAAACAAAAGAAGGAAAAGAAGCACAAAAAGGAUAAGGAAAAGAAAAAAGAUAGAGAAACAAGCAAAGACAAACACAAGGAACGGAAGGAGAGAAAGGAGAAACAUAAAGACAAGAAAGACAAAGACCGUGAUAAAGAAAAGAGCUCAACUUCAGAGGACAAAAAAGCUGUUGUUGGUGUUCUGCCCAACACAAAGGACAGGGAACAGCUUGUGACAAAUAAUGGUAAUGGAGAGUCUAAGUUUAUUCAGGAUCUGGCAAGAAGGAUCAGAGAUGAAGAAGCUACAGACAGCCAAAGUGUGGGAAAGAUUAGUUUUCCCAAUGGAGUCACAGAGAACAAGCCAAUGUCACAAAACAACCAUAGGAAAGUUGAUGAAAAGCGAAGCUACACCAUGGCAAAAAGGUCUGAAAAUGCGGUUCUUCGAGUACCAUCCAGCACUGAUCAGAAAGGAUCUGAUGUUAUGGUUAAACCAUCGGAGAAAAAGGAUCAUGAGAAGAAUCACCGCAGGGAAAGUGUUACCAAGAGUGAUUUGCCAUCGGACAGCGAAAGGAUAAAGAAAAACGAACCAAAGUACACAACACAUAGAAGUAGUCAAGAGGAGAAAGAGCAAAUUGGUCAUGACAAACCAAAGUAUGUAGAGGGAGGGCCGAGGCUAAAAGAGAGAGACUUAGACUUUAGAGUGCAUGACCUUUCAAAGGCAAGCGUUAAAAAUCUCACCGCAGGUGGAGUACUUGGCAAACGGAAAGAUCAUGAGACAAAUGGUUUCUUGUAUGAGAAUGGAUCUAGGCAAAACAAGAUACAGAGGCCAGCUGCUUCUCCAAUAACAUCCGUGGAAAACGGGAGGAAGUUGGGAGGAUGCCAAACUCUUACUAAACCUGUUACUGAGUUGCAAGGACCAGUGUGUAGUAAUCCACUGGUCAAGGACGAGGAUAGAGUUAACGGUUUCGUUGAUUCUCAAGAACCCAAAGAUCGUCCAAAGAAAGUGAAAGAAAACGGUGAAACAUCAGCAAAGAAGCGGCCUCAUCCGGACUUGAAGUAUUUGGAUCAGAUACUGAAUGUACCGCAGAGGGAGGAACUGCGUGAGGUUGGUGAAAAUGAGGAACAAGAGUGGUUGUUUGGUCAGUCUGGAGUGAAAUUACUAAAGAAGCCAAGGAUAGAUUCUUCUACCACUUCAUUGGAUGAGUCUCUGCAAGUCUGGAACCAGGCUCUUAGAUUAGAAUCUGCUGAUACGGUUGCUCUUCCAUAUGUGGUUCCCUUCUAGUUUGAUGACACUCUAACGUUCAUUAUUCACUUCAGCCGAGGAGAAAGAUCCUCCCUCACAUUCUAUUACUCGGUUUAGCAAAUCAUAAUGAGUUGAUGGAAUGAGAGAUUUUGAGGGAUGACUGGUUUGGCUUCAUGAGAAGAGAAACUUCCUUGCAAGAACACGUCAAGUCUAUGUAGGUUUUAGAGUACGGUCUUUUUUUCGAGUGUGAUUGUUGGAAACGAGAUUUCAGACUUUUGCUUCAGUUUUGA